AUGGUGUGUACAUCUCACCUCUUCCUCGCCUUUUCUACCGCCUUCUAUCUAUCUGUCUGUCUUCGACGCUCGGCGGCCAAGAAGCCUACAGGUCCGAAGAAGGUACGCGCAUUCAUUGCUCCCGUCCUCGAUGACCCGCGAUGGAGAUGGACGGCAAAGAACGGGCUUGCGAAAUACGCGUUGGGGAUGGGAAUGGAGAUUUAUAACGCGCCCCUCGCCUCCACUUUCGACUGCCUGUUCUGCAAUCACGUCAACUCCGUCAGCGUGAAGCUCGACAAGAAGGGCGGCGUCGGCGCCCUGAGCUGCAAGGUCUGCUCUCAGCACUUCCAGUGCUCGAUCAAUUACCUGAGUGCAGCUGUGGAUGUCUACUCCGACUGGGUAGACGCCUGCGAUGCAGUGGCCAAAGACAACGGCGAUAACGACGACGACCCAGAGGGACUACCGCCGGCGAGGCGCGCGCUUGCGGCAGCUCCUGCGGGGGAGAGACCAAGGGGCCGGGAGCGGGCGGAGAGGGGAAGGAGUAGCGACGAUGAUAUUAUUGAUGAUGCGGACGCGAGCGAUGAUGGUGGCAUGGAUGUGCGGUAUCGCGGGGAAGGGAGAAGUGGUGGUGGAUUGGUGGCGGACGAUGACGAAUAUUAG